GCGGACAUCCCGCCUCGCUAUCAGGACCCCAGCCAGGCAAGAUGGCGGCGGCCAACCAAAUCGCCGGGGAGUUUGAAAACUGGCUGAACGAGCGGUUGGACUCCCUUGAAGUAGACCGAGAAGUUUACGGAGCAUAUAUUCUCGGAGUGCUUCAGGAAGAGGAAAAUGAUGAAGAGCAAAAGGAUGCUCUUCAGGGCAUUCUCUCCGCUUUUCUGGAAGAAGACACGCUUGAGGAGGUUUGCCAGCAGAUCUUAAAACACUGGACUGAGUGCGGCAGCAGAUCUGCAGUCAAGGGAACUCAUGAUGAGGUUCAGGCGAUUGCCAGUUUGAUAGAGAAGCAGGCCCAGAUUGUGGUCAAACAGAAGGAGGUGUCAGACGAGGCCAAGAAGAGGAAAGAGGUUCUGCUGGCACAGUAUGCUCAUGUCACAGAUGAGGAGGAUGAAGAUGAUGAGGAAGAACAAGCCGCAGUAGGGAUACCCAGUGAAAAAUCCAUGUUCAGAAACACCAAUGUCGAGGAAGUUUUGAACCGCCGCAAACAGCAGCGUGACCAGGCCAGAGAGGACGCACAGAAGAAGAAAGAACAAGACAAGAUGCAACGAGAGAAAGACAAACUAGCCAAGCAGGAGCGCAAGGACAAAGAAAAGAAACGCACACAGAAGGGAGAGCGCAAGAGAUAGAGAGAAAACACAGAGCAUGAAAACUUUCGCACACUAUACAAUACCAAGGUCAUUUACCUAGAAGAGAAAAAUACAAUGAGAUCUCAGCAAACAAUGUCCCAACUAACAAUGUAUGCAUCCAUAUCACGUUUUGGGUCCGAUAUUGCUUAUUGAAUGAUAAUGUUGGGUCUAUUUAGCUGUUUUCUUGGCUUGUACAAAAAUCAAAAACCAGCAAACUGAGUGAGAAUUGUCACGACCUAUUCAUUUAUUACCGGUGCUGACUGUUGUGUUACUUAUUUAAGGGUAAAUAUCACACAACCUGUCAAAAACAUGUUCAGGUUGCAUUUCAACCCAAAAAUCAUAAUUAAAAUUUUGGUUAAAAACCAUUUCCCCCAAUUGUCAUUACUGUAUUACAAAAAUAUUUUAAUUGUAAAUUGAAAAUAAUGUGGCUAUGCAAAAUAUCUUCAUAAUCCUAAAACAUGCUUCAUUUUCUUUUUGGUGUGUGUUGAGUGUGUGUGCGUGUGUUUGUGUGUGUGCGUGUUUCAAUAUAAUAGAUGUAUUGAAAAGUGACCUGGACAUGUUUCCAUGAGAUUCACUUUUUAACAUGUUUAAAAAAGUUAAAAGUGAAAUUCACUCUCUAACGUUUACCAGCAGAUAACCAACAUGCUUGUGUCUAAAAACAGCAUAAAUCCCCGUCUGAUUGCCUUGAGGGACUUUUAAAUAACCUGUGAACCUGUGUUUAUAUGUUUUCCAUAGGUUGCUCCUCAUUAGCACGCCAGUGAUUUUUAACACACAGCUCAAGAUAUAAAAAUAUAUCUAUAUUUAUUCAGCUCACAAGCUUUUUCAGAAACCAACGGAAGCCUUCUCGUCAUGUAGCAAUAUAUGGAGAGGGCUCAGAGACAACCCAAAGACAGAGAAACAUAACUGCCAAUCAGUGGGUGAGGAGAUGAGGGUAUGUAGUUUUUAGUUUUUUGCCCUCGGUGGAUGUUUCUGUCUAAAUUGUGGUUUAUUUUUAUUGUAGGACAGUGGUGAACCUAAAGUGAGAAGGGUAUGUGUAUGUGUGCACAUAUAUCAAUUGACAACUGUUCAUUUGAAGCUGCUACAUAUUGUGCCAACACCUUGUAGACUGCCUUCUCAUACUGUAUAUUACAUUGGGUUGCACUGUAGGCAAACCAGUAUCUUUAAACCUUUAGGCCUGGUUUCACAGACAGGGCUUAGGUUAAACCAGGAUUAGGCCAUAGGUUAAUUAGGACAUUUAAGUACCUUUUAUAAACGUGCCUUAGAAAAUAACAUUACUUGUGUGCAUCUUGAGACAAACAAUGGCACUGAUAUAUUUUAAGAUAUGUCAUUGCAAGUUUCUUUCAGUUAAAACAGCCCAGACAUGCAUUUUAGUCUGGGACUAGGCUUAAGCCUUGUCUGUGAAGCUAGGGGUUCGGGUCUGUUAGCUUGUAAGAUCAGGGGUCCUUUCUUCGUACCUUGCUUAAUACAUCUGAGAUGAUUUGAAAGAUUCCAGAUCUAGUAAUCAUGAUAAAUGAUCUCUGCCUAAUUUGGUUCUUCAAACGAAUUUGCAGAUUUGAAUCAAAUAUCUGGAUUAAGUUGUCUGAGAUUAGUGUGCAUUCUUGUGUUCCCUGAAAAGGGCAGAUGUAUCGAUUCUCGAAACCACGAUCAGCAGUGCAGCGAUUGGCUGGCAGCAAGACAGCAA